GUGUUUAACCCAACGGAUCCAACCCAAUCCCGCGUUCUCUCUCUCUCUCUCACUCUCACUCUAGAUCUCUCUCUCUCUCUCUCUUCUGCGACAAAUACUUCUGGUGGUUCGAGUGAGUGAAGCGAGCGAGCGAGCGAGCGGAUGAGCGGAUAAUGGCGAGCCACCAUCGCCCCCAGCCCUCCCCCGUCAACCUCUCCCUCUUCAAGCUCUUCGUCUCCGUCGUCACCGCCGCCGCCUUCCUCUUCCUCACUUUCUCCUUCCUCUUCACCUCCUCCUCCUCCUCCUCCCCCGACGCCUCCCGCUUCCACUCCCUGGGGUUUAGUUCUGCUGGAAAUGGAUAUGGAUCUAUCCGGAGAUCGAUACUCGCGAUGAAGUCGGAUCCUCUGAAGCCCCGACUAGAUCAGAUACAGAAGCAAGCUGAUGACCACAGGGCUCUCGCGCUGGCCUAUGCGUCUUACGCGCGUAAGCUUAAGCUUGAGCAUGGGAAACUAGUCAGGAUCUUUGUCGAUCUCUCGAGGAACUUCAGUGAUCUUUUGAAGAAGCCCUCCUACCACACUCUCUUUGAAUCGGAUUCAGUCAAUGUUGAUGAAUCUGUACUUCGGCAGUUCGAGAAGGAAGUGAAGGAGCGUAUCAAGGUCACUCGCCAGUUGAUAUCGGAGUCGAAGGAGUCCUUUGACAAUCAAUUGAAGAUCCAGAAGUUGAAAGAUACUAUCUUUGCGCUUAAUGAGCUGUUGACGAAGGCAAAGAAGCAGGGGGCUUUUUCAAGUUUAAUCGCUGCGAAGUCGAUCCCGAAGAGCUUGCAUUGCCUCUCAAUGCGAUUGAUGGAGGAGAGGAUUGCCCAUCCCGACAAGUAUGUGGAUGAUGGGAAGCCUCCUAUGCCGGAAUUGGAGGAUCCAAACCUUUACCAUUAUGCAAUCUUCUCAGAUAAUGUGCUCGCAGCCUCGGUGGUCGUGAAUUCUGCAGUGAAGAAUGCGAUGGAGCCAUGGAAACAUGUCUUCCAUGUGGUGACUGAUAAGAUGAAUCUUGGGGCCAUGCAGGUCAUGUUCAAGUUGAAAGAUUACAAUGGCGCCCACAUUGAGGUUAAGGCAGUUGAGGACUACAAGUUCUUAAAUUCCUCCUAUGUCCCAGUGCUGAGGCAAUUGGAGUCAGCGAACUUGCAGAGAUUCUACUUUGAGAAUAAGCUUGAGAAUGCCACUAAGGACACGACCAACAUGAAAUUCAGGAACCCCAAAUACUUGUCUAUUCUGAAUCACCUGAGGUUUUAUUUGCCGGAGAUGUACCCGAAAUUGCACAGGAUUUUGUUCUUGGAUGAUGAUAUAGUUGUGCAAAAGGACUUGACGGACUUGUGGAAGAUUGACAUGGACGGGAAGGUGAAUGGCGCAGUGGAGACAUGCUUCGGUUCUUUCCAUCGUUACUCCCAGUACAUGAAUUUUUCGCAUCCUCUGAUUAAAGAAAAAUUCAAUCCCAAGGCCUGUGCAUGGGCAUAUGGAAUGAACUUCUUCGAUCUGGAUGCUUGGAGGAGAGAGAAGUGCACAGAAGAGUAUCACUACUGGCAAAAUCUGAAUGAGAACCGUACCUUGUGGAAACUGGGAACACUGCCUCCGGGUUUGAUCACAUUCUACUCCACGACAAAACCGCUGGACAAGUCGUGGCACGUUCUUGGGCUCGGUUACAAUCCUAGCAUAAGCAUGGACGAGAUUCACAAUGCCGCGGUGGUUCACUUCAACGGGAACAUGAAGCCGUGGCUCGACAUAGCCAUGAACCAGUUCAAGCCUCUAUGGACCAAGCACGUCGACUACGACUUGGAGUUCAUUCAGGCUUGCAAUUUCGGCCUUUAAGGAAAACAUCAUUACCCAAAGCCUCUUCUCCAUACCUGCGGUCCCCCCGCCACAGAACACAAUCUGUGAGAUCCUCGACUAUCCUUCACACGCCGGUUUCUGAUUUACGAGCUUAAUUGCUGCUACUUAAGGUCUAGCCUAGCCCUGAUAUUUAUUAUAUAGGUUCUAUAGGAUGACGUGCUUCCGUCUGUCCAUAAUAGUGUUGCCGUCAAAGUCGAUUGGCAAGAGUUCUUUCUCUUCAUCAAAAACUUAGAUUUUUGGAACUGAAUCGAUCAAAUCUCUAAUCAGCUCUUCAUAUUACAUUCUCCGAUAUGUAGCAAGCUGAACGUGACUUGAUUCGCCUCAUCUCUUCGAAGUUUCUUGUGCAGAACGAACAGUAUGAACAAUAGAAUGUUCUGUUAUGAACGACUUAUGACUUUUAACACUUUGAUUUAUCUUCUCAA